AUAGGCAAAAUGAUUAUCAUUUGGUUAGUCGUUUCUAUCAUUUAUGGGUUAACAAAUAUUUUUUGGACGAAGACAGUUGUAUUUAGCGGUAUCUAUUUCGGUUAUUUCUUCAAUCCACACGUUGGAUAUAUUGAUGGUAAUAAUGAGGUAUUUUGUUAA